ACGCCACGUGUAAUGUAGGCAUAGUGUGUCAUUCAUCUGCCCCGCAUUGCUUACUAGUUUGUUAGACAUAAAUUAGGGUUUCAGUUCAGUAUAUUCAUUUCUAACAGCCUAAGUCACAAAUGAUAUAGUCGUCGGUAUUCCAACUAAUUGACGAUUAGUGAAUUACCUUCUCACGGCAAUAAUUCAAACGAUAUAAAGAAUACGAAGGGCCCUUUUUUAUCCCCAAAGUAACAAACACAAGAAAGUGAUGAUUAUUUUAUGUUUCUAAAAGAAAGGUCAUAAUAACGUGUGACUUAUGCCUUACUCUCUCUUCACUCCAAACAGAAUGAACUUUAGGCCACAGUUGAACGUAGACAAAGUCAUAGAACUACUGUUAUCGGGGAAGGAAAGUCCAAGAAAGCAAGUCCAGUUACCAGAAAUCCAAAUUCGCCAGCUUUGUCAUGUAUCCAGAGAAAUCUUCUUGAAUCAACCCAUGCUUGUGGAACUAGAGGCUCCAGUUAACAUUGUUGGUGAUAUUCAUGGUCAGUUUAGUGAUCUUUUACGGCACUUCGACAGGAAUGGUUACCCGCCGGAAGCCAAUUAUCUUUUUUUAGGGGACUACGUAGACAGAGGACGCCAGUCGUUAGAGACGAUUUGUUUGGUUCUCGCUUACAAGAUCAAGUAUCCUAACAACUUUUUUUUACUUCGGGGAAAUCAUGAAUGUGCUAGUAUUAACAGAAUAUAUGGCUUCUAUGACGAAUGUAAGAGGAGGUACAGCAUUAAAUUAUGGAAGAUCUUUACAGACUGCUUCAACUGUUUACCUGUUGCUGCUUUGGUUGAAGGAACGAUAUUCUGCAUGCAUGGCGGUCUGUCUCCUGAUCUGAUGGAUCUGGAUCAGCUUCGAGUACUCCCUCGUCCAGUUGAUGUACCAGACCACGGACUCAUCUGUGACUUGCUAUGGUCAGAUCCUGACGAGGAUAUAACGGGCUGGGGAGAAAAUGAUCGGGGAGUCUCGUAUACUUUUGGUGGAGACAUCGUUCGAUCAUUUCUCAAAACCCACGACCUAAGCCUAAUAGUCCGUGCUCACCAGGUUGUAGAAGAUGGCUACCGGUUCUUUCAAAAGAGACAGUUGGUGACUAUAUUUAGUGCUCCUAACUACUGCGGAGAGUUUGAUAAUGCUGCUGCUGUUAUGACUGUGUCAGAAGACCUCACCUGCUGGUUCACGAUUCUACCGCCCGACAGAACAAGAUUGCUCAUUAAGGCAGAAGAGGCGAGCUGGCAUUAGACUUCAAAUCGAUCGUCCAUUAUGCCUUUUUUUUUUUUCAAUCUAGCAAAUGGUAUUUCAAGGCAACUAGGAAACGAACCGUUUAUAACAGGAGAAAAAAGUUAUAAAGAUUGUACCAGUCAAUUAUAUAGGCGUAAAAAUGAAACAGGCCUAUAAAUAAUUUGUGCAGUAUAACUGAAAUUGCUUAUGAGGAUUGGCCAACGGGAAAAACCCAUAUUUUCCACAUAGUCUACCUCGAAUGGCAAAAACAAUCAAACUUCUAUGUUCUACACCAAUACAAACCAGUCCACGAAUCUGCCUUUUCUCGUGGAAUGCAAUUUUAAGCCACAAAAUCUUUUAAGUAAGAUUUUAUCUUGGUGUUACGAUUACUUCUGCAAUUCAUAGAAACUAGAAUCGUAAAGCAGUGCUUGAAAAUAAACCUUUAAGUCAAUAAUUCACAAUUGGAUCGCAUUUAAAAAAUACAUUCGGUGUGUCGGAAGUUUCAAUUAAAUUAACUUACUGAUAUUUUGUAGGUCUUAGUAAAGCAUCACUGUUUUAUCGCAACUACUAUUACUUUGGUGGGAAAUCCUUCUCUGACUGUUUCCGCGAAUAAAUGAAAUACUCAGUGGUAAAAGCAGUAUUUAUUAUGAAUUAGAAAUUUUUUGAACAGACCUUUCAGUCUGUGAUAUGAAACUUAACACAUAAAGGACUACUGAUAAGACGUCACUCUCAUACAAUGCUGUUAAUACUGGUUAAAGCUUAUUUUCAUUGUUCAUAACUUAGAAAUUGAACUUUCAAUUUUGACUGCGAUUGUGGCGUAAGCGAAGGAAGCAAAAACUACCUGGUGGGGCUAAAAUGCAUGCGAGACCUGAACAUGGUAAUUCUAUGGAAAUUGGGAGUUAUGACCUCCAGAAAAUGUAGCACUUAUAGACUUCAAACGGAGAAUUUCCUGAAAUACAAGUUGUAGAAAGCGGACAUGUAGUGUAUGACAGCCUUGCAAUUAUUAAUAGGUUAUCACAUACCAGGCUGACACUUCUCUGCCUCCCACCCAAUCCCUGUUGUUCGCCUUUGUUUGUACGAGUACGUUAUUUUCACUUCUCAACAGUAUUCACCCCACAGCUCCGAUGGCAUAUAUUUUGAUCGAAAACAAUUUGUUAUGCCAUACAGACGCUACUUUCUAAUCACUCACAUACUUUAGAGUCGAAUUAAAUUUGAAUGUAAACCAUAAAUCAAAAUCACAUUUCUUACAACAAUUAUCCAACUCAUUCUUCUCUGAAGGGAGAACACUUUUUUUCAUGUUUAACGUAACAGAUAUUAAAACACGAAAGUAGUAGAAAAAAACACUUGUAUACCUGACUACGUAUGUCAUAUUAUGGUUGGUUUUAAAACUUAUGGAUCCUAAGAAGCAAAAAGCUAUUUAUCUAAAAAUAAGUUUUCUAGUUUAACUAAACUUAGUUUCUUUAGAAAACUUUGCCAAAAAGAAUUUAAUUAAUUUCAUCAUAUUCAUAAGCACUCUAAGUCAACAAUAUAGGUGUGGUAAUAAUAAAUACCUUUUUUUUAAGUUUGUGUAUUUUCACUAGGCGAACCUGAGAAAAGGGUAUAAAAUAUAUAGCAAAUCUUGUUUUUAAAUUCUUUAACAAAGAACUAGCAAAAGGUAGAGAGGAAGCAAGAAAACUUAAUCUAAUACUGAGGUAUAUUUGUUAAUUAUCUGUCUUUGCUUGAGAUUUCAUGAGUUAGUUUUAUUUCUAUUGGUGGAAAAAAUAUCCAGUUACUUUGGAAAACAAAUUAAGGAUUGUAUAGUAAUAAUUAGUUAUUUAAAUUACUUAGUUUCUAGUACUGAUUGCUCAAAGGAUAGUUUUUGCUUUGAGAUAAUAAAUUUACAAAGAAACGCCCCUUUAUACAAGCUUUUAAAGAGCGGCAUUUUAAGAUUAAUCACGAUUCACUUGUGUUCUCACUUUGUAGAAUGGGAAAUAUAUUACAAUAUGAUUAUUUAAUUCUAAGAUUUUUACGAGUCAGUUGCAGUUGUUGAAAGGUAUUCAUAUGUAUUGAUAGAAAUAAAUAAAACGAUU